AUGAUCACAAGCACAAUCGAAAUCGCCGCGCCGCCCGCCAAAGUGCGCGAGAUCUUCCUCAACUUCUCAGCCUACCCGGAAUGGCACACCGAGUGGCUGAAGGAGAUCAAGACGCAGGACGGGAAGAACCCACAUGAUCUGACCGCGGGCGAUAAGAUCGACGUCAACAUUGAAAACUUCAAAUUCGUCGCUGAAGUGAAGGAAAACACGGAGACAGUGUUCACUUGGCAAGGCCCGCCCGUGUUUACCAUUGCUGGUCUUCACAAGUUCCACAUUGAGCCUGCGAAUGACGGCGCGUCUACAAUUUUCACGCAGUCUGAGGAUCUGAAGGGACUGCUUUCAUUCAUUAUGAGUCCUUCGCUGCUUGGUAAGAAAAUGCGUGCUCAUUUCGAUAUUUUCCAUCGGGAUCUGAAGGCGCGGGCUGAGCAGGCUUAA